CCAUCCAUUUUCUACCACGGGUACCAACUGAUUCCUGAUUCUAAUUUUCCAUUCAUAUUCACUCAGCCAUAACGAUGAGUGCCUUCUUCCCUCGAUUCCCCUUUCUUUUUCUCUUCCCUCUUUGCUUUGCAUCAUUUGCUUUUGGAGCCACUCUGCAAGAAGAUGAAGUGCAAGCUCUGAAAGACAUAGGUAACACAAUUGGGAAGAAAAAUUGGGACUUCAGUGUAGAUCCAUGUAGCGGAAAGAGUAACUGGAGGUCGCUUGCUCAAUUGCAAGGAUCAGAAAAUGCUGUCACUUGUAAUUGCUCUUUUGCCAAUCACACUGUUUGCCAUGUCGUCAGCAUUGUUUUGAAAGCUCAAAAUCUUUCGGGUAGUCUCCCCCCCGAGCUUGUGAGGUUGCCUUAUCUCCAAGAAAUUGACCUCACCCUCAACUACCUUAAUGGUACAAUCCCUAAACAAUGGGCCACCUUAAAUCUUGUCAACAUUUCCUUUUAUGGAAAUCGUGUAACAGGUCCAAUACCAAAGGAGCUUGGAAACAUCACCACUCUCAAAAGUUUGGUAUUGGAGUUCAAUCAAUUAUCAGGAAAUCUUCCUCCAGAACUUGGGAAUCUUACCCACCUUGAAAGACUGCUUCUUACCUCCAAUAAUUUCACUGGAGAGUUACCUGCAACAUUUUCUAGCCUUACUACAUUGAAGCAUGUUCGAAUUGGCGACAAUCAAUUCUCUGGAGCACUACCCAAUUUUAUACAGAGCUGGAUAAAUCUUGAGAUACUCGUGAUCCAAGGGAGUGGUUUGAGUGGGCCAUUUCCUUCUGGAAUUUCAAUUCUGCGAAACCUUACUGAUUUGAGAAUUACUGACUUGAAUGGAUCUGAUUCACCUUUUCCACAACUUAAUAAUAUGACAAAUUUGGAAACACUAAUAUUGAGGAGUUGCAAUAUUAUUGGAACCUUGCCUGAAUAUCUUGGAAACUUGACUAGUCUGCAAGUAUUGGACCUCAGCUACAACAAAUUAAGUGGACCAAUUCCGAGCAGUUUUGAUGGUCUACAGAACAUGAAUAUGCUAUUUUUAGCUGGGAAUCUUCUCACAGGAUCGCUGCCUCAGUGGAUAGAUAAACCAGACUUUGUUGAUCUCUCUUAUAACAACUUCAGCAUCAGAAACAUUGAGCAGCCGACUUGUCAACAGGGAAGCGUGAACUUGUUUGCAUCCUCCUUGAAAGGAAACAGCUUAGGAAAUGUUUCCUGUUUGUCAAACAUUCAAUGCCCUAAAACUUCGUACUCUCUUUAUAUAAAUUGUGGUGGAAAGCUUGUAACUUCUUAUGGAAAUAAGACAUACGAUGAUGACUCGGGUGAGACUGGACCAGCAAGAUUUCGUCAAAGUGGAACAAACUGGGCACUUAUCAAUGCUGGUCAUUUCUUUGAUAGUGGUCGCUCAGACUACUAUAAGUGGUCUAAUACAACUAAGCUUGCGGUGGAUAAUGCUAAUCUGUACAUGGAUGCCCGUGUUUCUCCUAAUUCUUUGACUUACUAUGGAUUUUGCCUGGGAAAUGGAAACUACACAGUAAAUCUUCAUUUUGCAGAAAUAAUGUUCACUGAUGAUAAAACAUAUAGCAGCCUUGGAAGACGUGUAUUUGACAUCUAUGUUCAGAGAAAGUUGGUAGUUAAGGAUUUCAAUAUUGCAAAAGAAGCAGGGGGUGUUGGUGAGGCAGUCAUAAAAAAUUUCACUGCUGUUGUGACUAGUAAUGCUUUGGAGAUCCGCUUAUAUUGGGCUGGGAAAGGGACAACUUCUAUCCCAUUUGGAUCAGUUUAUGGUCCACUUAUAUCAGCUAUAUCAGUUGAUCCUGACUUUACACCACCAUCGGAAAAUGGUAAUAGCAUACCUGUAGGGGUUGUGGUUGCAAUUGUGGUUUCUGGAGCAAUUAUUAUCAUCUUGGUAAUUGGUAUACUGUGGUGGAAGGGCUGUUUAGGACUGAAAAGAUCAGUGGCCAGAGAGCUAAAGGAUUUAGAAUCAAAAACUGGCUUAUUUACCUUACGACAAAUCAAAGCAGCAACAAACAACUUCGAUAAAGCCUUCAAGAUUGGAGAAGGAGGAUUUGGUCCCGUUUACAAGGGCAUUUUGUCAGAUGGCACAAUAGUAGCUGUUAAGCAGCUUUCUUCUAAAUCAAGGCAAGGGAAUCGUGAAUUCAUAAAUGAGAUAGGCCUGAUUUCUGCUUUGCAACACCCGUGUCUAGUUAAGCUUUAUGGCUGUUGUAUGGAGGAGGAUCAAUUGUUGCUGAUAUAUGAAUACAUGGAAAACAAUAGCCUUGCUCGUGCUUUAUUUGGUAAUUACAUAAAUGACGAGCCUGAGAAAUGUCAAUUGAAAUUGGACUGGCCAACAAGGCAGAGGAUUUGUGUUGGUAUUGCUAAAGGCUUGGCAUACCUUCAUGAAGAGUCAAGACUGAAGAUAGUUCAUAGGGACAUCAAGGCCACAAAUGUUUUGCUGGAUAAAGAUCUCAACCCAAAGAUAUCUGAUUUUGGUUUGGCCAAGCUCAAUGAACAGGACAAUACCCACAUAAGCACCAGAAUAGCUGGCACUUAUGGGUACAUGGCUCCUGAGUAUGCAAUGCAUGGUUAUUUGACGGACAAAGCAGAUGUUUAUAGUUUCGGAAUUGUAGCAUUGGAAAUUGUUAGUGGGACAAGCAACACCAUUAGCCAGCCUAAAGAAGAAUGCUUCUCUCUACUUGAUUGGGUGCAUAUCUUGAAAGAAAGAGGUAAUCUUAUGGAGCUUGUGGAUAAGAGGUUGGGUGAAGACUUCAAUAAAGAGGAGGUAAUGGUGAUGAUCGAUGUGGCUCUUUUAUGCACUAAUGUUUCUCCAACUCUCAGGCCCACCAUGUCUUCAGUGGUAAGCAUGCUUGAAGGUAGAACCGUUGUUCAAGAGGUGGUGUCAGACACAAGAGAGGUAUUGGAUGAUAAGAAAUAUGAGAUGAUGCGAGAGUAUUAUCACCCCAGAGGAGAAAAUAGCACAACUGAGACUCAGAACCAGAGUGUCCCAACAGAUGAAACUUCUGUUAUUAUAUCUGAUACAGAUUCUUCUUGCGAGAAAAUCAAAAGUUAGAGAAAAUGUAGAAAUUGCAUUAAUGUUAAUGUAUAUGAAAUGUACAUCUUGCCAUUGUUUUAUGUAUUUUUAAUAUUUUUUCUUCAAUAUCCCUUUGAUGCUUGUCAGA